GGAAUAAUGACACUUCACAAAACGUUCAUUCAACACGAAGCAAGUUGGGAAACACUUUGGCUACAUUUUCACUUGUGGAUAUCUGCUAGAUUUCUAGAUGUACAUGUAGACUAACUUUACUCUGUGCUGAUGGGACAAUACUGAAACGAGUAAAAAAACAGCAACCCAGUUUCUCAUUUUCUUUACAGUAGCGGCUGUGCUCCCUAACCCCGGCCGGGACAAUGAGGGAUGCAGACCAAGGCACACUUCCCCAACUCUACGAUAUUUUCAAUGGAGAGGUGGCCAAUGUCCAGACGUACGGAGCGUUUGUCAAGAUCCCAGGAUGUAGGAAACAAGGACUUGUGCACAAGAGUCAAAUGUCCAGUGCCAGAAUUGAUGACCCCUCUGAGAUGUUGGCCAAAGGGGAAAAGGUUUACUGCAAAGUCAUAGCGAUGGAGGGAGACGGUGAGAAGAUAUCUCUGUCCAUGAAGGUGGUCAACCAGACGACGGGCAAGGACCUGGACCCUAACAACGUACAGGCCAGUCUAGACGAGAAAAAACGUCGCAAGUGGAACUUCAAGGGAGAGAACAAGAUUGAGCUGGGAGCUGAGCUGAACACAGUCUGUCGUAGAUGUGGCGGGCACGGUCACUUCGCCAUGGACUGUUUCUCUGGCCAGGGAGACAACCAGUACGACCUUAUCCCCGACCUGGACAAACUGACAGAGUUACUCCCCGUGGAGGAGAGAGCGCCAAAGGCCCCAGCCAAGAAAAAGAAGAAGGAUAAGAAAAAGAAAGAUAAGAAGAAGAAAGGGAAGAAACGACACUCGAGCCCCAGCGAGUCGGAGCAGAGCAGUGGAGAGGAAGAGGUUUCGUCGAGGAAGAGGAAGUCUCGUCAACGGUCUAGCUCUCACGGGGGAGAGGGGAGGAAAAAACGCAGGCAUUCGGGGAGGGACAGUUCCUCCGACUGUGAGAGGGAGGAGGGGAGGGAGAGGGAUGGAGGGAAGGAUGGGGACAAGGGGAAGGGGAGGGAGAGGGACAGCUUCAGCAUUCGCUGGGACCCAUCUCAAAGACACACCCAGCCUGUGUUCACAGAAAAGACACAUCCCGAGGACACAUCUGGCCUGUGUUCACAGAAAAGACACAUCUAG